AUGAACAGUUGUAACAUAAGAGAAAAUGAAUGGUCUCAAAUCUUACUUGAAUUUGUUCAAGGUCAAGCAUUAACUAUUUGUCGGAACCAUGAUCAUACCAUUCAGAAUAGUUAUGAUAUAUUAAAGAAAGAGCUUCUUAAUGCCUAUGGUCAUAAUGCCAGUAGAGGACAUAUUACAGCACACUGUAAACAAGUGAAUUACAAUAGAUCAGAAAAUAGGGACAGUUACAGGAAACAGAUUAGGAAAGUUGAGUUGAAAGAGAACAGAAACAGAAAUAACAAAAGUAGAGUGUAUUUCACCAAUGUUAGGGACAGCAGAGAAAGUAGUGAUAAUGAAGAAGCAGAAGAGAUGAACUAUUGUUGGGGUGUAGAAGAAAUACAUUUUGUUGAAGAUGAAACCAACAGAGUGAGAGAAACCUAUGAGAUUCCUGAGGAAAUGAUGGACAGUGAGAUGGUACUUGGCAUCGUAAACAACGUUAUUGUGACGCGAUGGACUAAACCUUGUACAAAGUACAGCUUGAACCUUGUACAGCGUAACUUGUGCAAUCUUAGUGUUGAACUGUGUAUCACGUCAUGUACCACAUUCACCAGCAAUCUGAGUGUUGAACUGUGUAUCACGUCAUGUACCACAUUCACCAGCAAUCUGAGUGUUGAACUGUGUAUCACGUCAUGUACUACAUUCACCAGCAAUCUUAGUGUUGAACGGUGUAUCACGUCAUGUACCACAUUCACCAGCAAUCUGAGUGUUGAACUGUGUAUCACGUCAUGUACCACAUUCACCAGCAAUCUUAGUGUUGAACUAUGUAUCACGUCAUGUAACACAUUCACCAGCAAUCUGAGUGUUGAACUGUGUAUCACGUCAUGUACUAUAUUCACCAGCAAUCUUAGUGUUGAACUGUGUAUCACGUCAUGUACCACAUUCACCAGCAAUCUGAGUGUUGAACUGUGUAUCACGUCAUGUACUAUAUUCACCAGCAAUCUUAGUGUUGAACUGUGUAUCACGUCAUGUACCACAUUCACCAGCAAUCUUAGUGUUGAACUGUGUAUCACGUCAUGUACCACAUUCACCAGCAAUCUUAGUGUUGAACUGUGUAUCACGUCAUGUACCACAUUCACCAGCAAUCUUAGUGUUGAACUGUGUAUCACGUCAUGUACCACAUUCACCAGCAAUCUUAGUGUUGAACUGUGUAUCACGUCAUGUACCACAUUCACCAGCAAUCUUAGUGUUGAACUGUGUAUCACGUCAUGUACCACAUUCACCAGCAAUCUGUGUGUUGAACUGUGUAUCACGUCAUGUACUAUAUUCACCAGCAAUCUUAGUGUUGAACUGUGUAUCACGUCAUGUACUAUAUUCACCAGCAAUCUUAGUGUUGAACUGUGUAUCACGUCAUGUACUAUAUUCACCAGCAAUCUUAGUGUUGAACUGUGUAUCACGUCAUGUACUAUAUUCACCAGCAAUCUUAGUGUUGAACUGUGUAUCACGUCAUGUACCACAUUCACCAGCAAUCUUAGUGUUGAACUGUGUAUCACCAAUCUUAGUGUUGAACUGUGUAUCACGUCAUGUACUAUAUUCACCAGCAAUCUUAGUGUUGAACUGUGUAUCACGUUAGAUACCACAUUCACUAGCAAUCUUAGUGUUGAACUGUGUAUCACGUCAUGUACCACAUUCACCAGCAAUCUGAGUGUUGAACUGUGUAUCACGUCAUGUACCACAUUCACCAGCAAUCUUAGUGUUGAACUGUGUAUCACGUCAUGUACCACAUUCACCAGCAAUCUGUGUGUUGAACUGUGUAUCACGUCAUGUACCACAUUCACCAGCAAUCUGUGUGUUGAACUGUGUAUCACGUCAUGUACCACAUUCACCAGCAAUCUUAGUGUUGAACUGUGUAUCACGUCAUGUACUAUAUUCACCAGCAAUCUUAGUGUUGAACUGUGUAUCACGUCAUGUACCACAUUCACCAGCAAUCUUAGUGUUGAACUGUGUAUCACGUCAUGUACCACAUUCACCAGCAAUCUGAGUGUUGAACUGUGUAUCCCGUCAUGUACCACAUUCACCAGCAAUCUUAGUGUUGAACUGUGUAUCACGUCAUGUACCACAUUCACCAGCAAUCUUAGUGUUGAACUGUGUAUCACGUCAUGUACCACAUUCACCAGCGAUCUUAGUGUUGAACUGUGUAUCACGUCAUGUACCACAUUCACCAGCAAUCUGAGUGUUGAACUGUGUAUCACGUCAUGUACCACAUUCACCAGCAAUCGAAUAAUGUGUCAGAGACUCUAUGGACUUUUUAAAGUUGUGUUUUACAGUGACAUUACUAUUUGUUCAGUAAUAGUGUGUUACUGA